AUGGGAAUAACGCGACGAAUUCUCCUAUUCGCGCUCUUUCACGCAUAUGCGCGUAGUUCGCGCGGCUUUUCGAAGGAGAGCGAUAUCUGUUACUGGCAUCAUCCGCACGCGAUCGAUUACCCCGAGUGCGAUUUCGCAGAGAGUCGGCAGCGGCUUGUCUGUUUCAACGGUCUCCAAGACGAGUGGAAGGUCAAGAAUGAAAGUGUACAAGUGCUCGUCCUCUGCGAAUGGCCGGACACGACGUUCGAUCCGCAGGAGGUGUUACGGGGCUUCACGAGGUUGCGAAAGUUAAUGCUCGCAAACAGUAAUUUGACUCGACUGACAACCGCAUUCCCGAUCGAGGCGGGAUUGCUCGAGAAAAUCAACGUGACCGGCACCAAGCUGCGUGCAUUGCCGAAAGAUGCGUUUUCGAACUUGCAAGUCUUGAGGAUCCUCGAUCUGAGGAACAACGCUCUCGAGGAGAUCGAUGUUACGACUCUCGACGUGCCUACGUUGAAGCAUCUUCAUCUGGCCGGUAAUCCAUUGAGAUGCACGGAAGAUACUGCCUGGAUUUUGGACUCCGACGAAGGAUCAGUCGCGAGUAGAGUCGUCGACAGAGACAAAUUACUCUGCACCGCACCAUAUGAUGGAAGACCGCUUGUCCCGGUCGUCGAGAUAAUCGUGGCGUUGAGAAAAGAGUGCAAACGAACGAUCUGCGACUGCGAAUUGGUCUACGUGGUCGGACGUGUCGGCAAGCUCACGGCGCAAGUGAUAGCUUUCACCUCGGUGAAUUGUAGCAACCGCGGCCUCACCGAGAUGCCUGGCUUCUUACCUGCGAACACGACUACUCUUCGCUUGACUGGAAACAAGAUCGCGGAUUUAACUCCGCUCACGACAAAUCCCGUGUACGAGUCGGUGCUGGACCUAUACAUAGACGACAAUCUAGUGGAGUCUAUCGUUCGGCUGGAAGGAUCGGACUGGUUGGACCGUUUCCGGCUCCUUAAUCUUCGGGGGAACAAACUCACCGACUUGCCCACUUACGCUCUGGAAAACGUUCUGCGCAACGGCAACGCGGCCAGCUUGUACCUCGGUAAUAAUUCGUGGACGUGCGACUGCCAUUUCACGCCGAGCUUUCAGGUUCUGCUAAUCAGAUAUCCGCAUCUGGUGAAGGAUAUCAACGACGUGAGAUGCGCCGCCGAGAGUGACAACGACAAUGCGAACAAGCAGAUCCGCGAUCUCACAAGAACGGAGAUUUGCAUUUCGCCGGACGAGGAUUCCUGGCUCCAUCCCCUCGACGUUUUGAACGUCAUAUUGGCGUCAUUAAUAUUCCUCGUGCUUGGCAAGCUCUUGUACGAUUACUGGUCCUUUAAGAAAACCGGUAAGCUACCUUGGAUCGUCACCAAGAUACCGUGA